CCUUCUCCUCAGGCGCCUCUGCCGCCACCUCUCUCCCCCUCCCCCUUCCCCGACCCCCUCCCUCGAAUCGGCCGUGGAGCAGAGGCCGUUGCCGAGACCGCGCAGCCAAGGAGGAGGGAUCCUUACGAAAUAGUUCAGAAUGAGUUAUACAGAAAAACCCGAUGAAAUCACUAAAGAUGAAUGGAUGGAAAAACUCAAUAACUUACAUAUACAGAGAGCUGAUAUGAACCGCCUUAUUAUGAACUAUCUUGUUACAGAGGGGUUUAAAGAAGCUGCAGAAAAGUUUCGGAUGGAAUCUGGAAUUGAGCCCAGUGUUGAUCUAGAAACACUAGAUGAACGAAUCAAAAUCCGAGAGAUGAUAUUGAAAGGUCAGAUUCAGGAAGCUAUUGCAUUGAUAAAUAGCCUACAUCCAGAACUCUUAGACACAAAUCGGUAUCUUUAUUUUCAUUUACAGCAACAACAUUUGAUUGAACUGAUUCGGCAGCGUGAAACAGAAGCAGCACUGGAAUUUGCACAGACACAGUUGGCAGAACAAGGAGAAGAAAGUAGAGAAUGUCUGACAGAAAUGGAACGCACUUUGGCUUUGCUUGCCUUUGAUAAUCCUGAAGAAUCACCCUUUGGAGACUUGCUUAAUAUGAUGCAACGGCAAAAGGUGUGGAGUGAAGUUAAUCAAGCUGUCCUAGACUAUGAAAAUCGUGAGUCAACACCUAAGUUGGCAAAGUUACUGAAGUUACUACUAUGGGCUCAGAAUGAGCUGGACCAGAAGAAAGUAAAAUAUCCCAAAAUGACAGACCUGAGCAAGGGGACAAUUGAGGAACCCAAGUAAAACAUGUGCAGAAGGACAGCAAGCAACUUUACUACUGCACAUUAUUCUUCAUUUAUAUCAGUCUGUGACUGAAAGAUUUUUACUACAGUACAGGACUUGAUUUUUUUUUUUGAGCAAACAUCUUAAAGGGAGAAUUGAUCCUUUUAAAUGCUGGAAAAAAAUGUUGCAUUGAAA